AUGAACACAACGCCCAACCCCAGAGGCCCCUUCCGUGAGAUAGGCCGAGGAUGCUGCGGCAGCAUCUGGAUCCGCGGAGUCGACCCCUGGGUCAUCAAACGCGAACACAUGCAUACAAACCACUCCGUCUUGAACGACCACAACAUGCAUCGACGAGUUAUCGCAGCAGACGAAACACACACGCUACCUGUGCGCAUACCGAAGUCUUACGAGGUCUUGGAGGCUGAUAGUUUCUGGUGGGAUAACAAUUUCACUUGCUUUCCUCCAGGUGAAGAAGUGAGUAGGAGCUACACGCAGGAGAGGAUACCUGCUGUAGGGCUGCCUAUUCGCGAGAUGCUUAUCGACAGAUAUUGUCGUGAGGCGUUGAAGGAUGCUACGAGGACGAGCAGGAAGAAUGAAGAUUGUCUCAUUCGAGUGUACACGGGGAAAAGGAGACCGGUGGGACGCCCGCCUGGCAUGUUCUUUAACCUGCGCAACUACGGUCUUUGCGUUGAUCAGAUGGAAGAGCUAGGUUUGGAUCCCGUUGUCAUCGCGAAGACCCUGGCUGAAGCGCUUGCACAUUGUUACUGGAAGGCUGAAGUCGACGCGAAUGAUGUUGAGUUUGUUCUUGCCCCGGCUACAUCAUCUAUCAGCGGCGACACGCCAACACAAAUGUUCAAGCUGCUGGAUGAAGAGCUCGUCAUCUGGAUGCUAGACUACGACUGCGUACGUCCUAUGGCUGAAGACGCAACCGGCAUCGCGCAAGCAGUCCAUGCGUUCUGGCGCAACGAUCCGUACUUCCCCCGACCUUUUGCAUACGGCCAUACAGAUGCUGAUACCGAAUUAUGGCACGCGUUCAAGGCGCACUUCCUCCAUGUUAGCAGGCGCAUGUUGACAGACAAAAAGGGAAGUGUAGAUGAGGACAUAUUGGACCUCCCGCAGCAAUGGGUGACGCAAGUAGAAGCCGAAGGACGUCGGCGUGCAGCAAGACAAGAAGAGCGACGUCAGUGA